AUGUCGGACCCGGCGGCGCAGGCCUUGCAACCCCGGCUUCUCCAAGCCCAGUCUACUGGCUCAGCUGGGUCCAGUACUCCCGCGACAGGCUCCGGGUCGGGGAAUAGUGACCCGGCCAGACCAGGACUUAGCCAGCAACAACGAGCAAGCCAGAAGAAAGCCCAAGUCCGAGCUUUCCCACGGGCGAAAAAGCUUGAGAAACUUGGCGUAUUCUCCGCAUGCAAGGCUAGUGACACAUGCAAGUGCAAUGGAUGGAAAAACCCAAAUCCACCAUCAGCCACACGUAUGGACCUACAACAACAAGCAGCCAGCCUGAGCGAGCCGUGCCGCAGCUGUGGACAUGCUCUGGCUGAUCAUGUGUCCCACUUGGAGAAUGUGUCCGAGGAUGAGAUUAACAGGCUGUUGGGGAUGGUGGUGGAUGUGGAGAACCUUUUUAUGUCUGUACACAAAGAGGAGGACACUGACACCAAACAGGUCUACUUCUACCUUUUCAAGCUGCUGAGAAAAUGCAUCCUGCAGAUGAGCCAGCCAGUUGUAGAGGGAUCUCUUGGAAGUCCACCCUUUGAAAAGCCCAACAUUGAGCAGGGGGUUUUGAAUUUUGUGCAGUACAAGUUCAGCCACCUGGCACCAAAGGAAAGGCAGACGAUGUUUGAGCUUUCAAAGAUGUUCCUCUUAUGCCUAAAUUACUGGAAGCUGGAGACGCCAACGCAGUACCGCCAGCGCACCCAGAAAGACGAUGGGACAGCAUACAAAGUGGACUACACCAGGUGGCUGUGCUACUGCCAUGUCCCCCAGAGCAAUGACAGCCUACCGCGCUAUGAAACCACUCAGGUGUUCGGUCGUAGCUUGCUCAAAUCCAUCUUCACUGUGACUCGACGCCAGCUCCUGGAGAAGUUCAGAGUGGAGAAGGACAAACUGCUACCAGAGAAACGCACACUCAUCCUCACACACUUUCCCAAGUUCUUGUCCAUGCUGGAGGAGGAAAUCUAUGGCGAGAACUCACCCAUCUGGGAGGCUGACUUCACCAUGCCCGCCUCCGACGGCACACAGCUCGGACAUCAGACAGUGAUCAGUCCUGCUGCAGUAUCCGGCUCCCCCGCUCUGCCCAAGGGUCUAAGCAGCAUCUCCUCUUUGGGCAGCAUGGACCCAGGAGGUGCAGAGCCCAUCACAGGAGAAAAACGUAAACUUCCAGAGGCGAUGACCCUGGAGGAUGCCAAGCGGAUCCGUGUGAUGGGAGACAUUCCUAUGGAGCUGGUCAAUGAAGUCAUGAUGACAAUCACUGACCCUGCUGCUAUGCUUGGACCAGAGACUAAUCUGCUGACGCCAAAUGCUGCCCGUGAUGAGACUGCCAGGCUGGAGGAGAGGCGGGGUAUCAUAGAGUUCCACGUCAUUGGAAACUCGCUUUCCCAGAAGUCCAACAAGAAGAUCCUGAUGUGGCUGGUUGGCCUGCAGAAUGUCUUCUCUCAUCAAUUACCUCGCAUGCCCAAAGAGUACAUCACACGGCUGGUGUUUGACCCGAAGCACAAGACCCUUGCUCUUAUCAAAGAUGGCCGCGUCAUCGGUGGCAUCUGUUUUAGGAUGUUUCCCACUCAGGGCUUCACUGAGAUCGUCUUCUGUGCAGUCACAUCCAAUGAGCAAGUUAAGGGCUAUGGUACCCACCUGAUGAACCACCUGAAGGAGUAUCACAUCAAACACAACAUCCUCUAUUUCCUCACAUACGCUGACGAGUACGCCAUUGGCUACUUCAAGAAGCAGGGCUUUUCCAAAGACAUCAAAGUGCCGAAGAGUCGAUACCUGGGAUACAUCAAAGACUACGAGGGAGCGACACUCAUGGAGUGUGAGCUGAACCCGAGAAUCCCCUACACUGAGCUCUCUCAUAUUAUUAAAAGACAAAAGGAGAUUAUUAAGAAGCUGAUUGAGAGGAAACAGACCCAGAUAAGGAAGGUUUACCCAGGUCUCACCUGCUUCAAAGAAGGUGUACGACAGAUCCCAGUGGAGAGCAUUCCAGGCAUAAGAGAGACAGGCUGGAAACCCAGUAACAAGGAAAAAGGGAAAGAGGUGAAGGAUCCUGACGUGUUAUACAACAUGUUGAAGAACCUCCUGGCCCAGAUAAAGACUCAUCCUGAUGCCUGGCCCUUCAUGGAACCAGUGAAAAAAUCGGAGGCUCCAGAUUAUUACGAGAUCAUCCGCUUUCCCAUUGACCUGAAGACCAUGACAGAGAGACUGAAGAACAGAUACUAUGUGACCAAGAAGCUUUUCAUUGCCGACCUGCAGCGAAUCAUCACCAACUGUCGCGAGUAUAACCCUUCAGACAGCGAGUACUUUAAGUGUGCCAACACCUUGGAGAAGUUCUUCUACUUCAAAUUAAAAGAUGGAGGCCUGAUCGAGAAAUGA